AUGAUGCGCCCGAGGAUAUCGCGCGCGCGGCUUGCGCUGCCGCCGCAUGGUCGCCGUACCCUCGCGUCCGCGCCGAAGAAGCACGACGAACUCGGGAACUACCUCGGCCUCUUCCUCCCCUUCCUGGAGCUGCAGGCGACGGCGGCGCCGACAACGCCGAUCUACCUCUCCGUCGUCGGCCUGCACUCGAUAACGCUCCCGCAGACGCCGGCGGCACUCGUCUCGGACCGCCGCAACAUGCUCGCGGCGCUGCUCGCGUGCGGCGUCGACCCCGCGCGCACCACGCUCUACAUGCAAGAACAGGUGCCGCAGCACGCCGAGCUCGCGUGGUACUUCAACACCAUCUCCUCCGUGGGCCGGCUGCAACGCAUGACGACGUGGAAGUCGCGCCUCGCCGUGAGCCGCAACGCCAACUCGGAAGACGAGGUGUCCGAAGCCGACCUGCGCCUUGGCCUCUUCGCCUACCCCGUCCUCCAGGCCGCCGAUAUUGCGCUGUACAAAACCACGCUCGUGCCGGUCGGCGAAGACCAGACGCAGCACCUCGAGCUGGCGCGCGACACGAACGAGGCGUUCAACCGGUUGUUCGGCGACGUGUUCCCCAUCCCCGACGUUCAGAUUGUGCCCCAAAAGCGCAUUCUGUCGCUCAAGAACCCGCGCGAGAAAAUGUCCAAGUCGGCAGCCAACCCCUUGUCGCGGAUCAGCAUUGUCGACUCGUCCAAAGACAUCGAGAAGAAGAUCAAGGGCGCCGUGACCGACGCCGAGCCCGUGAUCACUUACGACCCCGCCGGCCGGCCGGGCGUCGCGAACCUCCUCACGAUCUGGAGCGCGCUCGACGAGGCCGGGCGCUCGCCCGCGCAGCUCGCGGACAUGGCCGCCGCAGAGGGAUGGGGCGCGGGCAAGCUCAAGGGCGCUGUCGCGGACGUUGUCGUGCACCGGCUCGCGCCGGUGCGUGAUGAGUACGCGCGCAUCGUCGCGGACCCGGGGUAUAUCCGAGAUGUGGCGGCGCGGGGCGCGGACAGGGCCAGAGAGACGGCAGAGAAGACCAUGGUCGAAGUCCGCAAGGUCGUUGGGUUGGGCGAAAUCUAG